AUGAAUCCGGGACUUGUCUUUCCUCCAGAAGUAAAUUUACUUGUACAGGGUGAUCCAAAAAAAACUUACCCCCUGUGUACUUAUUGACUUUCUUGUGUACAAAUAUAAUUGAACUUUUUACCAUUAGUUUAUUCGAACAGAGCAAAGAUUUCCGGACGAAAUGAGACGUCUCCGAGCUAUCGCAGAGCUUUUCUCAUGAAACAGCAUUCGAUUUACGGAAGGUCCCAUACCACCAAAACCGGGACAAUUAAUGGGCAAACAAGAAAAAUAUGCUCUUGGGACCUUUCGUAAAUUGAAUGCUGUUUCAUGAGAAAAGCCCU